UAAAAAGAAAUACCGGAUGUUUCUGGUGUUGUGGCGGACUCUACGAAAUAGACAACAGCUGUAUAAUGGAGCCUCCAAAGAGCUUAAAGGUGGUUAAUCCAUUUCGCAAAGGCCAAAAUAUUGGAAGGAGAACAGGCCAAAUUAUAAGUAAGAAAAGACUAAAGAAAACUUCAGAAAUGGACAGUUUUGAUGAAUAUUUAUCAGAAUCUGAAGAUGAUAGGAGCAUGAUUAUGCCUAAGCAGAUAUUGCCAAUUAAAGAGAAUGUGCACCCAAUCCCACAAUUAUCUGCUCAAGUAGCAAAGAACUCACCAGUAAUUAUUUUACAGAGCGAGACUCAGCCCCAAAUUUCUUCUGCACAUAAAGAAAUACAGUCAUCUCAAGUUUUUCUAAGAGCAUUAAAUCCUUAUGCUGGAAAUCCAAGAUAUGGAAGGCGAACUGGCAAAGAUCUGCUCGCUGGUAAAACUAAACUGUUAACAAAGGGCUUGGAAAAUUUCAGUGACUUCUUCUCUGAUAGUGAUAUCAGUGUUUCGACUCUUGGUACCUCUCCAGGGACAAACACACCAACAACUUCUGAAGAUUCCACACCAAAAACAUCCUUCAGUAACUCACUCCAGCAUGCUGAGCCAUGUCAGAUCACUUCAGAUGUCACAACCGCCAAGGAUAAUGAUGAAGUUGUGACUCGAAAACUAGACUAUGGCGCAUCUCUCCAAUCAACUAAGCCAGAUUCAGAUUCUGAUGAUCUUGUGUCAAGUGAAACUGAUAAUGGUGUAAUGAAAAAUGAUAGUGAAGAUAAUUUGCUUAAUUCAGUGGAUCAUGCUGACAGAGAUAAUAAUUCACAUAAUGAACUUGGAAAAUCUAACAAUAAUGACUCAACUAUUGGAGCUAAAAAAUCAAUUAACAGAGCCAAUGAGUCUACCACCAUAGCCCAGAAAUCUAUCAGGGAAGUUAGUGUUCUAAGCAUAAGAGCAAAUGAAUCAUUUAGUAAAACCAAUAUAAUAACUAGGAAUGUUAAUAGGUCUGUUGAUGGGGCUAAUAAAUCAACCAAUGGAAUGGAAAAAUCAACUAUAGCUAAUUUAUCCAUCUCUAAUAAAUCUGACAUGGGAUCUAAUAGAUCAACUAGGGAGGUGACAAAAUCAAUAAGUGAAUCUAAUAAAUCAACCUUGGAUGCUGAAAAAUCCUUUAGUAAAGUUAAUAAAUCAAUGACUGAAAAAUCUAUUGAAGUUAAAAAAUCAGUGACAAAUAAAUUUCCCUGUGCUCCAGAUAAAUCAGAUAGUGAGAUUGUGGAAUCGAGCACAAGUGCUAAAAAAGCUGCUAGUAAAUCAAUAUUUAAUAAAUUUCUUCAAGGAGCAAAUACUUCAUCCAUUGAUAUUGAACAACAAAGGAAUACAAGGAAAAAAUCUAUGGAAACUAAUAAAUCAAUAAAUGGAACAGAAAAAUCAGUGAAUACAAGGAAAAAAUCUAUGGAAACUAAUAAAUCAAUAAAUGGAACAGAAAAAUCAGUGAAUACAAGGAAAAAAUCUAUGGAAUCUAAAAAAUCUUCCAUUGAGACUGAAAAUUCAAUAGGUAUAAUUAAGGAAUCAGUGACUAAUGAAUCUAUUAAUGGAGUUAAUAAACCAACUCUUAAAGCUGAUAAACCAAGUAUUGGAGCUGAAGAUAUAAAUUCAACAAAUUUUCGUUUCAAUAAAUCUGUGACUGAUAUAAACAGUUUAAAGACAUCUGAAAAAAUAAAUCAUAAUUCUUUAUGGGAAGUUGAUGGUGAGAACAAUGUAAACUUAAGUUUAUCCAAAUCUCGGAAUCACUCUAAGCAGAACAACUAUCAAUCUCAAAACACUGUCUUGAGAUCAGGAAAGAAGUUAACUUCUAAUGGCAGUACAUCAGAAACUAAUAGUUUUUCUGCUUCUAAAAAUAAUUUAAUACUAUCCGGUAACCACCAAAACAGGGACUUUUUAAAUACCCAAAACAAAUCCAAAGUUGACAUCACAGCUGCUGGUUUAUCUACAACUGAAACUGAAUACAAAGAAAUAGAAGAAAUUACAGAUAAAAAAUAUCCAGCCUCUACUUUAGGGAAUAUAAUCAGUACACUCAAUCCAAAACAGAGUAAUACAAAUUCUCCAAAGGAUCAGAACAAUGUAUCUGAAAGAUUGCAGAAAUCUUCUGAUAAGCAGAAGUCAACUUAUUCUUUAACAAAGAAACAAUUUGAGAGGCAGUCUGGUCAAGACGUUUUCAGACAACCAGUGGAUGUAAAUGUUCAAAACAUAGUACAAGAUCAUGAAAAAAACAGUAAUCAGUCUAGAGCCUACAGCCAAGAAAAUGUAUCUAAACAUGAAGACAGUAAAAUUACUCUAAAUUUUGGAGGUGAUGUUAAUGGAUCAGUGUCUAAAAUGGAUAAAGCCUCUUCAAAUCAGUUUUUCGGAAUUAAAAAAAGAUUAACCUUUUCAACUGCUAUUGUGGAUGGUGGAGGCUCCAUCAAAGAGAAUAAAAAACACAAUUCAAACAUUUACAUGAAUAAUUUUAAUGCAGAUACUUCACAGGAAAAAGUUUCUACAAAGUCUCCAAUAGUCAAAUCCAAAGUUAUAAUGAACUCAACUGGCUUGGAUGUAACUUUGGAUCAGUCAGAUGAGUUUCUAAUUGUAGAUGAACCAAUCAUUGUUGUGAACAGAAAGAAUAUGGAAACCCAAAAUGUUAAUAAGAGGCAGAAAGGCAAGAAGAAAAAUCACACUGCAACAGCUGAUAAGCUCAUUUCUCUACAAUCUGAGAAAAUUGACAACCUUUCUGUAGCAGAUAUAACUUCAGAGAAGAAAACAAGAUCAGUAUUAUCAAUGAAACCAGUCAAGAGGAAGCUGGAUAUCACUAGUUUUCCUGAAGUGAAGCAACAUGAAAAAGAAAGUGAGAAUCAAAAUGUAUCAGUCUCAAUGCCUGUUGAGGUUCCUCAGAAAAAGUUUAAAAUUAAUAAGACAACUGACCUGCCUAACAAAAGUUGUAGGAAUGUCAAUGAAGAUACUGAUAAACAAGCGCAAAGUAAAACUAGAAACAAGAGCUUGAAUGUCUCUAAACCAGAUAAUGAAAAUAUGUUUUCAUUGAAUGAAUAUGUUGAUGUACUAAAUCAGUCAGACUUCUCUGAAAUGGAAUCUCCAAGCAAACCAAAAUUUGAAUCAGAUAGAGAAACUUUAAAUGAAAGCAGCAGAAAAAUGUCUCUGGUAAACAAAGUUAUAUUGUGUGACAAUGUUAAUAAUAAUGACAAUCAUAAUGUAAACAGUAGUUUGAUUAAAAAUAGUGUUGAGCCUGAUUCAUCCUGUUCACAGUCUAAAAAAAAGAAAGUGAUAAAAACGCAUCCACGCCAAAUUAAGAAGCCCACAAGACGAGGUCCAAAAGUCUCUAAAAGUAAAAAAAACAAACAUUUAAAAGCAAGAAAAGUACUAUCAAAUACAAGGAAAGGACAAAGAAAAGCUAUCCAAAAAGCAAAAUCUUUUGAUGAAAAUGAAAUGAAAUUUAUGGAAAAAGUUACAAUUCAAAAUGACCACAAAGUUACAAGUGAUGAUUUACAUGCUCUAAAUAUUUCUGAAGAGAUCCAUGUACUUCCUCAUGAUGUCCUAUCUGAUCAGGAGAUGGAUAUAAAAUUGCCAGAUUGUCCACAAAUCAACAACUCUAGAGCUAAAAACAAGACUUUAGAUGAAACAAAUAAACUUACUUUAAGUUUCAAACAACCAAAAGUAGUCAAUAAAAAGAAACAUCUCAUGGAAGAAAACUCCGUCAGUAAUAAUGAAGCAGAAGGAACAUUAACUUUGAUACAGAAUAGCUCAAUUUUAGUCUCACCAUCUGUUCAAGGUGCAAUUGAUCUUAAUACUUGCAACUCAAAAAAGAGUCGCGGUAGAAAGAAAUCUGUGAAAAAAUGCUCUGCUUCAUCCCAAGCACUCGAAGACAAAGAUGUAUUAUCUACACCUGUUCAUCUGAACCUUUUAUCUGCACUACCUCAAGUCACCCCAAAAAGUGGUAUCUCAUUUCGACCAUCUCAGCAAUUUACCACCCUGCUUCAAGAAAAUGUAGACUAUGCUCAAAUGAAUGAUUCGCUAGCAGUGCUUGACACCACUCCAUGCCACAGAAAAACACCAGCAGUCCUGACAUCCUGCCUUCGAGACUCCAGUGUAAUCAGGCCUAGACGGAAGGGUAGGAGAGUAAGGAUCAGCCAAAUUAUUGACCAACAAGAGGUGUCCCCUAGGUCUUCAAACAACACUGCAAACAGCACCAAGAUAUCUGAUUCUGGCCUACUAUCAAUGUCGUCUAGCCCUGUACAUUAUGCAGAGAUAACAAAUGAAGACAUCCCAACCUCUCAUGCACCCAAGAUUAUCUUGCCUGACUUGUCACACAAGAUAGUACGACCAGAACCACCACCAUGCCCAGGUUUACGGAGAUCAAAACGAACAAGAGUUCUACGUUUGAACCGUGAUAGGGGUGAAGGGAUCAUAUAUAGACGAGACAGUGCAGGCUUUGGUCUGGUAGUGGAUGGCAUAAAGCCAAGUGUUGGAGAGGCUAAAGUCAAAGCCCUGGAAGACGAGCGCAGAAAAAGAAGACUUCGUAAAAGAUUGCAGUCUGUGACAGUUCCAUCCAAGUCUAAAAGACGUCUUUCAACACAUAUACCAUUAGAUCAGGAUGUUACCAUGUCCUCAGAAUAUCCUAUUUUAAACCCAGAAACUGGAACAGAAGUUUUAGUUGAUUGUGUGGCUAGGAACUCCUCCAUCACUUGGUUUGGCCCUGACCUGACCCCAGUCUCAGAUACAGAUUCACUAGCUGUUGGUUUGUUAGUGCAGCAACCCAGUGUGACCAGUGGAGAGUUGCAGUUAAGGCCCUUAGCUGAAAAGCCUUUGGGACUAGCUAUACAUUCAUUGGUUUAUUUUGUUUAUUUCGGUAAAAUAGCUGUGACAAUCAACAGAGCCACAACUGUAGUAGAAAUAGGAGACAGUUUUAUAGUUCCAAGAGGGAAUUAUUACUCAGUUAAAAAUGUGAGACGAGAUAUUGCUAAACUAUUUUUUGUGGACUUGAAUGACACAUGUGAGAGAGCAGACAGUAAACAGGAUCAGUCAUCAUCUUUAUCAUCAUGAUCUACUCUCAGUUCUAUUUUGCUGAAUGUGCUAGUUAUCUUUAAUAUCAUUUUAACUACUUAUUGUGAUGGGAGGAAUUUUAUUAUUUGUUAAAAUGUCAGUGCAUUAAACUGAUUUGAUUUUUAUUGUUAAAAUAACAAUGAACUUAAGUCUUUAAAGAUAAAGGGAAAAUGCAGAUUUACUUAUUUUGCCUCAUCCAACCAGGCAAAACUAUUGUUUUCUGGGAUACGUUUAAAUUCUUUUUUUUUUUUGUUCUUCUGCAGUAGCUUUCCUUUUGGUUGUAAAUGUUGUCCUUAGGCCUGUUAAAUGGUUCUCCAGCAUCUUUUUAGAAACCAUUUACUGCCACAUGUUCUCCUCUAGCCAAUAAGGGAAAGCCAACUUCUUAGUUGGACUUGCAUUGGGGAGGAAGAAACCUUUUUUCAGACAUUCUGCCUUCCAUAAAAGACAGCUUAUGGCAUAUGGUGAUCGCCAAUGUCUCUUCCAUUGUAUGCCCAUUAUGCAAUGCAGGUACCUAUGCUGCAGGUGCUCAAGAAGCUUUAGUUGCUUGUAGAACAAAUUAAACAAACAAACAAAAAAAAA